AUGGCUCUAAAACUCGAUGAUCCUUUCUUGAGCAAAGAGGCUCCUUUUAUAGCAGGAGAGAGGGAUGAAUCGGCGGUUGAGCUUGAAGAUGCUACAUGGAUGAAUUUUUGCAUAUUGGACAAAUUUCUGUCGGUAGUGCUAUCUGUUGGGCUGUUAACUCUUGCUCUGGCAUGCCUGCGGGCCAGGUAUUCAUCAGUACUGUCUGGUGAGCUGAGAGAAGAGCAUAUUAAGGAUGGAAUCAGUGGAUUGCCUGAUGAAAUCCUUAUUACCAUCCUGUCUCUUUUAACGCUUAAGGAAGCUGCAUGGACUAGUAUUCUCUCAAGCAGAUGGAGAUAUUUAUGGAGAUAUAUAACUGCUAGUUUCAACUUCGAUUCAAAGACAUUACUAAGAGAUCCUUUAGAUAAUGUUACUUCAUCAUCUGAACGUGACCGUGACCGUGUACUUGACUAUAUACUUGACCUUUUUCCUCAACGUGACCUCAACCUUGAGCCUGGCUGUGAAUGUAGCCGUGACCAUGAACUUGACCGUGGAUCUUGCAAGCAUUCCAGCUAUAUUCCUCAAAUAGAAAAGCUCAAGUUAAAAGUGUGUUCUCAGGAGUUUCUUUGGUUCCCCAUAUAUUUCCGUGAGCUAGGUAAUCUCAAGCAUGUGGAAUGGUCUAUCACGGGAUCUACUGGUUGCAGCCUUCUUAGCUUUACUUCCGUGAUUAAGUCAUCUCCUAAUUUGUCUAAGUUUUCUGUUUGGCAGAAGGACAACAUGGGAUGUGUAGUUUGUGAGAUCUCUCCCGAGGAUUGGGAGGUGGAAGAUAUUGUUGGGUUCUCGGUGUUGUUGUACCAUGAGAGGGUGGUAGGCGAGGGGCAGAUGUAUGGGUUUGGGAUGAUUCCAGGCAAGUUUUUGUCUGACUAUCUUCCUCUAUGGCUGAUGAAUAUGUUUGAGAAUGGUGAACAGGUAAUAAGGGAUGGUCAAAUAGAUGCUGAAAAAAAGCCGACUAAAUGUCAUCAUCAAUGCCUUAAGAUGGUGGAAUUAAUUGGGUUUGUUGGAAGCAACAGCGAAAUUGAUCUUAUUAUGCACAUACUCGAGGUUGCUCCAUCAUUGGAGAAGAUAAUAAUUGAUUCCCGUCCUAUGUUUUACCUCGAACAUCCAAGGAUAGUGAUGUCAAUGGAAAUUGCUAGAGAGCAUAUGAUUCUGGGAGAGAAUGGUAAACAGGUAAUAAGGGAUGGUCAAAUAUAUGCUGAAAAAGAGGCGACUAAAUGUCAUCAUCAAUGCCUUAAGGUGGUGGAAUUGAUUGGGUUUGUUGGGAGUAGCAACCAUGAAAUUGAUCUUGUUAUGCACAUACUCGAGGUUGCCACAUCAUUGGAGAAGAUAAUAAUUGAUCCCUGUCCCGUGUAA